AUGUCGUUCGAUUCGGCCAACAGUAGCCAGUCUAUCACCCAGUCACAGCCUAUUACGCUUGAUGAGUUCCUAGACUGGCGAGACGACGAGCACUUCAUCUGGGACGAGGAGGGCCGUGAGACGGGCGAAGCUUGGAUCCGGCCAGUGGAAAGAGCAGGGCUUGAUGAUAGCAAGCAUAAGGUCUUCCACCAUGCCAAUAAGGAAUAUAUCAGGGCCCCCCAUCCGUUCAUUCAGAUCGGCGAGCAGCUUGGAGAAUCUGGAACCACGGUCGUAUACAAAGUCAAUGUCCCUGAAGGAUAUCCAUAUCGGCGGCCACUUGCCUUGAAGAUUAUCACUUGCAAGGAUAAUUUACGGCCACCCGGGCCUGACAGCCACGUCAGGAUGCUGGCCUUGGAGGAAGUAAGGAACAUGGCCUCGAUCAAACACCCCCAUAUCGUCGUUUACGUGGCCAGCUUUGAAGAUUACUGCAUCUCAACUGGGGUGAGGAGGCAGCAGAGAGCGAAGGUCAAAGCUAUCAGAGUUGAUCAACAAAUCAAGAAGCACAUACUGGGCAUUGCCAUGUACCCUCCAGCACAAUGCAACCUCCGCUUCUUCAUGAACCACAUCAUCAACAGUCGCGAGCCGGAAAACGAGGCCGCCCUGCAUACGUAUUUCGGAUGCUUGUCACAAGCCGUGGCAUUCCUCCACAGAAGUAACAUUCGAAUCCGGCACAAAGAUAUCAAGCCCGAAAAUAUUGUCAUUGACGAUUUUCUUCUUCCCGUAUUAACCGAUUUUGGCUUGUCAAAGCACUUUGAGACCGGUCAGCACUCGGAAGGACCCACGCCCAAGACACUCAAGUACGCCGACCCCGAGGCCAUCAACGAAACCCAGCGAGACGAGCGGUCCGAUGUCUUUUCCCUUGGAUGUGUGUUCCUAGAAAUGGCCACCACAUUGCUGGGGCGACCGCCUGAUUUCGCCGAGCAGCAAUUGAGGACGGACAACCUGGGGGAGUUCAAGUACUCGGAGUCCCUCGAACGUCUUGAUGCCUACCUCUUCCACCUGUGCCAGAUUGCGGACCGGCUCAUCGACAGCAACCCCAAGAAGGCCGAAUCGGCGGCUGCGAUCAAGGAGAUAUUGCCUGUGAUUCGAGCCAUGAUGGAUGCGGAUUUUACUAAAAGGCCCAUGGCUCAUGACUUGUAUCCGUUGUUUAGACGGUUGGCGAUUGCAGGGGGCGCGGGCGCUUGUGGGAAUUGUGAGGCGGAGCGUGAGACUGGGAGGGCCGUACCGAGGCUGCGACGGACUCGCACGGGGAGCCCGGUUAUGACGAGGACGGCGACGAUGAACACGACUAUUUCUCUGGUUAGGAGAGGAAGCACGAUGAAUGGGUUGACUGGGAUGGUGGUGCAUGAUAGUCCUACUGAUGUCCAGCACCAACAUCACGGGUAUGAGAAUGUUCCACCGCAGAGUCAGGCGAAUGGGAACGGUGUGAAUGGCCAGGCCAACGGGAAUGGGACGUAUGUGAAUGGAAGCCAGGCUCGUUGA